ACUAUUGUUUUUUUGUUUUCAUUAUUUGUAUUAUGUGUCGAAUGUAUUUUUCAUUUGAGGCGUAUUUAGUUGUGCAACAGAAAAAAUGUAGGCUACCAUGUACCGCAUAAGUAUGCAAUGCGAGCUUUCACUGCAGUAAUUGUCAGAUAUUUAAAACUGAAGGUUUGAUUUUAGAAUGAAUGGUCAUUAAAUACCAUUGCCAUUAAAUCCUUUUGGAUCCUACUCUUUUAUGGCUUUCUUUGGCUUCUAUUUAUGGGCAUAAUUGUGAAUUUAAAGGCUAUGAGUAUGUAAACGGGUUUUAGUGGAAUAAUAAUUUAGUAGAAUAAGUAGAGAAUAAUUUGUGUGAUGGAUGAAUCUGAUAUGGGUGAAUCAUAGGAUCUACAUUCUGCAUUUUUCUUUUGGCAGAGUAAGAGCACAUUACAUUAUAUUUAUUUGGCAGAUGCUUUUAUCCAAAGCGACGUACAAUAAGUGCAUACAGAAGGUCAUUGGAACAACUACACAACACAGGUCCGAUAAGGUACAAUACUCAUCAUGUAACAGUUAUCCAUAGCCAUGAAUACAUUAAUUCCAGUUCACACAGUAAAGAUAGUCUAGGUCAGAAAUUCAAGUGCAAAUUAAGUGCUGGAUGAAGAUACAAGCGUAACAUGAAAUUGCUACAGGAACAAAUUAGAUAUACAAGUGAUACCGAGUGGUUCAGUGGUUCAUAGGGGAAGGAGGAGUUAAUUCCACCACUAGGGAGCUAGGGUGGAGAAGCUCUGUGGUUGGGAUGGAGUAAUGUGACAGAUAGAAGAGAACUCUUCUUUAUUUUGACGGAGUUUAAAAACAAAAAAUAUAUAGGUCUGUUGGAAAGUCUUGUGGCACGGUCUGCAGUGCAGCCAACUCUCAAGCCAUGUUUGAUUACCCCUCUGCAUGGGUGAGGGUUUGUUCCCUGCCGUGGCACUUUCUCAGCUGUGGUCCCUUCUCUGGACCCUAUCUUGGUGACAACACCAGCGCAAAUGCACCUGGGUGCAAGUGGAACUGCUAGUGUCAUCUUGCGCAAAUAGAAUACAUUUCACAUGCACCAGAUUUGGUAGUUCUGUGGUCUAUAGUAAACCUUUUCAAUUUCAACCGAUCAACAUUAUUUGGAUGGCACAAUUGGGGUGCAUCGAUAGAAGCAUUUGCCGCUGUGCAAGUUUGGUGUUGAAUAAUGCGAUCGCAUUUUAACCAACCCUGAUCAAGUUUUAUCUCAAAUUUGGCGCAUUGUGCUAUUUUGGUGUCAUUGUGAAUGUGUCGCACAUAUGAAUGCAUGCAACACAUAACACAGAUGUGAGAAAUGUUUAUCUUAAUUUGACUACUUGAAGACUACUGUAGUCAAUGCAUCUGUAAGCUACUUGAAUGAGAGACACAAGGAAGGUGGGAGACCGGCUCUACAUCCAUCAAAAACUGUUUAAGGCAUGCAUUUGUCAAAAUCAUGGCUAUUUACUCUGUACAUUGAGCCCAGAAAACACCAGCAGCUUGCUUUUAUUCUUGUGUUUAGCAGGGCUAGGUCGAGGAUUGUACGAACCUUUGAAAUGUUAAAAAUGUAUUUCAGGUGUUGGGUUGGGUGGUACAUUGUAGUACAGCCAUACAGUUAGUGCGUGAUGUAAUCAUAUGCCGUGGAUGUGACAUAGGCUAGACCUCACAGUGGACACGUUAUAGGACUUUCAUAUGGAAAGAAGCAGAGUCGCGAUGAAAAUGAUUGCAAUGAAAAUGACAAAGGCACAGGGUGCACAAGAGAGCAGGGACUGGUCGACUGUGAGCCAUUUCCCUAGUGAGUGUACGUUCGUCCUAUCAAGUGCAUGUCUGAAAUGAAUGAAACUUUGUUGAAGUGGUGAAAUUGGUUUUUUAGAUAGUGAUAUUGAACAUUGGCAGCAAAGAAACAAAAAGCUAUAGAAAAUUCUGACUAAAUUUCCUCUGGUUCGCAAGCACGAUGACUGUUAAAGCAGAAGGGGCAGAUGCAGGAUGGAGAGGCCGUGGGUAAAACUUCAGUCUCGCCUUCCUUUUGAUAUCACGAGUAAUGGUGCAUAGAGAUGCUUGUAAAAGAGAAUCUCUUAAUGUGCUUGCUCUUCGGCCAUGAUGAAAUUAUCUUUUUAUUGUAAAUAAAGCAAAAAUAAACUGUCCUGUUCUCCUUUAAAAAAUGAUAACACAGUGCUGCCUGGUAGUAGGCAAUAUAUAAAGAGCAAAGGAAUAUAUUCUACAUUUAUGGUGACUGAGAGCUGUGGGUGCAGUUCUGCUUCAAUAGACAAGACCCAGGUGUCUCGGAAGAAUCAUUGCCUGUGUUAGUAUUUGUCAGAAAUGGCACGCUGUUCUUGUAAUGCAGACCUUAAUUUGUUUGGCUGAAAUGGUACAUUUUGCAAAUAUGCAAAUAAGAAUGAGUUUCAAUCUGUUUUCAAUCUAUGCUAAGCAUUAAUGACAAGGACAGACAUAUUGGUUCCCAAACUUCGUCCUGGAGACCUGCUGGUUUUCAUUUCAGUUUUCAUUUCUAAUUGUUCUUAAUUGCACUGUAAAUGCCAAUUGGCCAUAUUAAAGCCAUAUAUCAGAAAUAGCAAUAUGAAGAAUUAAUGUACCAUAUUCACAUUCCAGGACAUUUAAUCAGUCAGAUAAACUAAUGCUUCCAUUCUCUGUAAUGAGCCAUAUAAAAUAUGAUUCCUGAAAGAGGUUGCAUUUUUAAUUGAAUGUAAUUAUGGACUGGCAGGUGAAAUCAGUUAGGCCCUAACUGUUGAAGGAGUGGAUGCCUGGUCACUGAAACUGAAAGUUCAAAUUUGAAGCAAAUGACUUUGAAUCAGCAACCAAAUAGAAAAACAUGGUUUGUCACCAGUACACUAGUCUAGUUUAAACGCAGAGUAUGUUGUAACUGGGUAAUGAACUUUAAUGUCAUGAAAAGAUUGUAGAGGAGUACAAAAAAAUGUACACAAUAUUUUCACUUCUCUUUAAAUAAAAACUACUGGAUGGAUUUUGAAAUUUUGGGGAUUUAACUACGUUUAGAUUACUCAUCAGCACCGGUGGCGGAACAGCUGAGAAACUGGAGCUGUUUGGCCAAAUGAAUGCAAGUGCAUUUCAAACAAUUAUCUACUUAGGCAAGGUCUUCAUCAACUUUAAUUGACCAAGAGAUUGGUAGUACUAAAAACUAGAAUACACAGUGGUUUAACUGGACCAAGUCAACAGUAGCUUUACUGAACAAUAAGCACAUGUCUGUGUGAUAUUGAAAUAGUUCAUUAAGUAAAACCAAGGCUGGUGGAAAGCUGACAUUAAAGGUGCUGGGUUAUUCAGUAAAGGGACAUGAACUGUGUUCAUGUUUGCACAUUAAAUAAAGUUAUUUAUAUUUAUGGUCAUUUUGGCCAGGACUGAGAUAUAAUUCAUAGUUUUUAGUCCAUUUUUCACUUUGCUGUCCACCACCUGAACUGUGUCAUCAUUGUAUCGGAGAACAAUGGUGCAGAGUGAAAGCCUCCAUUCCUGAGCGAAGCCUGUGUGAUUGCCAGCCAAUCAGGAUCCAAUACCAGUCUAUGGGAUGCAUCACUGAACCUAGAAUUAGAUGCAGAGGGAAGACAUGUCAUGCUUAGUUUGACAGGUGCAAACCACAUUGUGUGGAAGGAUUUACUGGCUGUUAAAAUUCGUUCUUUAUAACAGCAAGCAUGGUCGGAGAUGCUUUGUAAUGCCUUGAAAUAAUUCCAAUUGUAAAAUUAUCCCUAGCCAUGAGGUGCACGUAUCAAAUUUAAUUAUUAAAAUGUGCAUCUUGCAAUUGCGUUACACCUUUUUUUUCCCUGUCUUUCUGACGUGUUGUGAGACCUGUGGAAACAUUCUAUAAUGGGUCCAACUCUGAGCACUGCAUGGCUCAUGUUGGAUGAGACAACUCAUCCCCACUGCCCCAUUUCACUUUUGCACAAAAACAGCUCUCUGCUAUUUCUCUGAAGUCACACAGGCAGAGGAGGGAAGCAGCUGAUUGGCUGGGGGAGGUAUUGCAGGUCUGUGCUUGUUCUAUAAUCAGAUCAGGCUGAAAAAGCACAUGGUUGCUGUUUCCGUUUGCUCAGUCUUGCUGCGCUUUUAUAUGUGUGUGUGAGAGAGAGGGGGGGAGAGAGCGAGGUGAGAAGAGGAAGGUCGAGAGAGAGAGAGAGAGAGAGAGAGUUGGGGAGGAGGGAGAAAGCCCUUGGGCUAAUAGAUCAUCGUCUUGAGAUGAUCAGAUAAUCGCCCAACUGUGCCUUUUUCUUGAAAAAUAACGAUUAUUUGACGUUACGCAACCUUAGGUACAACCUGUAUUUCAUGAAGGUCAAUAGCAAAGUAGUCCUGAUAUCUUUAUUGCAAACAACCCAAGAUAAUCUUGCAAAAAACAGCUACUCGUUUGUGUAAUCCUGAAAAGGCUUGAGCGGCGGCGCGCCAUGGAGAGCGGCUGCUCCGACAUGGCGAAGGACGACGAGGAGGCGCUGUGGGAGAACGUGGAGAGCAACCGCAACAUCCUCAGCCGCUACAUCAACCCCAACAAGCUGACCCCGUACCUGCGGCAGUGCAAGGUCAUCGACGAGCAGGACGAGGACGAGGUGCUCAACUCGCACAUGCUGAUCUCCAAGGUCAACCGGGCAGGCCGGUUGCUGGACAUACUGCACACUAAAGGCCAGCGGGGCUAUGUGGUGUUUCUGGAGAGCCUGGAGUUUUACUACCCUGAUCUCUACAAGCUGAUGACGGGAAAGGAACCCACACGCAGAUUCUCCACUAUUGUUGUGGAGGAGGGACAUGAGGGCUUGACCCAGUUCCUGAUGAACGAGGUCAUCAAGCUGCAGCAGCAGGCCAAAGACAAGGAUGUGCAGCGCGUUGCCAUCAUGGGCAAACACCGCACGCUGGAGGACGAACACAAGAAGCUGCGCCUGGCAAACCAGGAGCUGCUGGCCUUCCAAGAGCGCUACAACAAGAUGAAGGAGGAACGGAACAACUGUAACGAUGAGCUCAUCAAGGUGAAGGAUGACAACUACAACCUGGCCAUGCGCUAUGCCCAGCUGAGCGAGGAGAAGAACAUGGCCGUCAUGCGGAGCCGUGACCUGCAGCUGGAGAUAGACCAGUUAAAGCACAAGCUCAACAAGGUGGAGGAAGAGUGCAAGAUGGAGAGGAAGCAGUCACUGAAGCUGAAGACCGACAUUGAAAAUCGUCCCCGAAGAGAGCAGAUCUUUGAGCUGGAGCGGGAGAACGAGGUCCUGAAGAUUAAAGUACAGGAGCUACAGUCCAUCAUACAGCCAGGGAAGCAGGUUCUGCCGGACUCUGAGAAGGCCAUCCUGGACAUCCUGGAGCAUGACAGGCAGGAGGCUCUGGAGGACCGGCAGGAGCUGGUGAACAGGCUGUACAACCUGCACGAGGACGUGCGGCAGGCGGAGGAGCUGAGGGACAAGUACCUGGAGGAGAAAGAAGAUCUGGAGCUGAAGUGCUCCACUCUGGUGAAGGACUGUGAAAUGUACAAGAACCGCAUGAACACCAUAAUGAUCCAGCUUGACGAAGUUGAACGAGAGAGAGAUCAGGCGUUUCGUUCUCGGGACGAGGCUCAGAACCAGUUCUCCCAAUGCCUGGUUGAUAAGGACAAGUACCGCAAGCAGAUCCGCGAGCUGGAGGAGCGCAGUGAUGAGCUGCACAUCGAGAUUGUGCGCAAAGAGGCCAAGAUCGUCAACCUGGAGUCCAAGCUGAGACGCCUGUCCAAGGACAAUGGCCUGGAUCAGAGUUUAACCCGAGACAUUCCAUCUAUAUCGCAAACCUUUGGCAACCCUAAAAGAGACGGUCAGUUUGAAGACUCUGGUGAUGAGUCUCCAGAUGACAACAAAUUCUUCCUCCCGGAACAUCGGCUCAGACGGAGGCCAAACCUCAAAGGAGUCGUGAUCUCCAGAGCAAAGUCUCCAGUCACCACUCCUAAAUCCAUAGAUUUUUCAGCCCCAUUUCCACCUGCAGCAUCAGUCGUGAACACCAAUGGGGAGCUUUCAGAUGCCCCUAGCACUGAUACCAACUCUAUAACUGCCAGUUCCUCCAACACUGCAGCCACUGGAGAAAUACUCAACAAGCAUCUCCUGCGAUUUCGCAAUGACAGUAUAAUGUCCACCGUCCCUGAACCACCAGGAAAUGACUCUAUUGUCAGGAGGAACAAGGAGGGGGAACACGACACUCUACCUAGAAGCCUAUGUGACUUUGAUUGUGACAGUGGUGACAACAUGGAACUUUGUGAUGAAGACUCUGACAGAUUUUUCCAUGGACCUCCUUCAAUCCACUCCUCGUCAUCCUCCCAUCAGUCAGAGGGCUUAGAGUUGGACUUGGAACAAGUCAACAACAUCUUCAGAAAGUUCUCCCUGGACAGACCGUUCCGGCCUUCCCUCAACUCCUUCACGAGCGUCAGCAGCACGCUGCGCCUGGUGGACAUCUCCCUCCCGGGGGACUCCUUCUUGUCUGAGGUCAGCCUGGUGGGGGGCAAUGCCAGCGGCAUCUUCAUCUCCUCCAUCCAGCCGGGGUCCAACGCCGACAGGGCGGGCCUGAGAGAGGGACACCACCUCCUACUGCUGGAAGGCUGUGUUCAUGGGGAGAACCAGAGCGUCCCCCUGGAUACUUGCACUAUGGAGGAAGCAAAGUGGACUCUGCAGAGAUGCAGCGGACUGAUCAAGCUGCACUUCAGAGCAAACUAUGACGGUUAUAGGAAGUUACAGAAGGAGAUGGAGGAGGGCACCUUGGUGUCUGGGGAUUCUUUCUAUAUCCGCCUGAACCUCAACUUGUCGGGCCAGUGGGACAGCUGCUCGAUGAAUGCGCACUGUGACGAGAUUGUCCACGUCCUGGACACCAUGCACCAAGGGAGGAGUGAGUGGCUGUGUGCGCGAGUUGACCACUUUAUUGACAAAGACCUGGAAAAGGGCACAAUCCCCAGCUUCUCCAGGGCUCAGCAGCUGCUCCUGGUGAAGAUGCAGAGGCUGAUGUGCAGGGGGAGCCGGGAGGAGGCAGACAGCCUGCGCGGACUCAAGAAUAUGCUACAGCCUGAGGAAUCUCCUCCUCCUCCGGACCCCAAAUCCAGCCCUAGAUUGUCGCGUGCAAGCUUCUUCAUUGGCCAGAUCUUACAGUUUGUCAGCAGGACUGAGAACAAGUACAAGCGGAUGAACAGCAACGAGAAGGUCCGGGUCGUCAGCGGGGGGAAUGCUACACUCACAAGGCCUGGGUUCGAAAACUCAGAUGCGGAGAAUGAUCUGAGCAAGAGCUUGAACCUGAUUCCGUAUUCUCCAGUGAGCCCGCACCGCUCUCAGCGCAAGAGGCCUGUCCUCUUUGCCCCCAAUAUUUUGGCCAAAACCAUUGUGCAGAAGUUCCUCAAUUCAGGAGGGGCCAUGGAGUUCAACAUAUGCAAGCCAGACAUUUUAUCAAAGGAGGAGUUUCUGAUGAAACAGAAGAUUGAGCCCAUUAUUUAUUCCAAAGAGAAGCAUGGCUGUACCUAUGAGUGCAUCACUCCUGAAAAUAUUGAGGCUGUCGCUGCCAAGAACAAACACUGCCUGUUGGAAGUUGGCCUCAGCUGCACCAAAGACUUGCUAAGAAGAGAAAUAUAUCCCAUUAUCAUCUUCAUCAAGGUCUGCGAAAAGAACAUAAAGAAAUUAAGGAGGCUGCAGUUGAAGGUGGAUUCAGAAGACGACUUCGUAAAGACAUGCCGUUUGAAGGAGAAAGAGUUGGAUGCUCUGCCUUGUCUUUACACUUCUGUGGAACCAGAUUCAUGGAGUGGAGUGGAGGACCUGCUGAAGGUCAUCAAGGACAAAGUCCUUGAGGAGCAGAAGAAGACAGUUUGGGUUGAGCAGGACCUCCUGUAGGACAUUUUCGGAUUGUUGCCAUGGUGGUAUCCUACUGAUAAAAUAAAGCAGUCAUAUAAUGAAUGAAAUCCAGCUUGUCACUGCGUACAGCAUUGCCAUCUGUAAUGGAGUACAAGCAGUGAACAGAAGUGACAUAUGCAUGUUGUUCUUCAAGAUAUGUGCAGUCAGUGAACGCUAUGGGAAAAGAUUUCUUUGUCCGGAGAGCAGACCCAAUUGUAUACAGAAAGCCUCAGAUGAAUAAUGGAGCAGCUAAGGAACAGUGCCGCGUCUUGUGCCUGCGGUGUGUAUCCACUGUGCCUUCUUGCAGCAGCAAUUACAGUAAAAUAUAAAUCUGCCCACUCUGCUGUAUCUGUAAGGGCCAGUAAGACACAGGUCAGUACACUUGAUGUGAUUUCUGUGGUCUAGCACUGAAACUGUUUUGUCAUGGCCAUUUUCAUAAUUUCAGCUGAAGGAUGUGCAUGUCAGCAAUAUAUUGUGAACACAUUAAUGCCACCUAAUAUGAAGGUAAAAUUGGAAAGAACAUGCAUGGAGCUCCAGUAUUGUAAUGAAACAAUCAAAAAAAAAAACUAGGUAAAUAUAGCCUGAAGCUCCCAUUAAUUACUAACAUUAUUUUUGCAUUUUAUGUCUUCUCACUGAAUAAUUAUGAUGUGUUCACCUUGCAUUUUUCUUUCACAGUUGUAUUAUUUACUGCUAUUUAUUUUGUAGUGAUAUGGUUUUCCUCACUCAUGCCAACAUUAUAUACUGCACAAAUGUACAUAUCUAAGGAACAGCUACCUUUCUACUAAAAUAGUAACACUUGUGAAAAUUAUUCAAAACAUAAUUCACAAAGGUAGAAAAACAUUUUCAUUGUAGACAUAAAAACCUUUCAAUUCAACAAAAUUAAAUGUAAGAAUUUAAUUAACAGCUAUUUUUAUACUAACUUCUUACUUUUAUGCAUUAAUGCAUGGCACUACUUUUUUCAUCUGUUGAAUAUUUACAAUAUGCUGUCUGAGGAUUUUAUUUUCUGUUGAGUUGUAAUGUCAGUGAGAAUGUAAUUUUCAUAAUGUGUAUACUUUUGAAAACCCAGCAAACUGAAAUGUAAAUCAGGAAUUGAGGAAUAUUCUUGCAACAAAAAAAUGUGGGUCUAGUCUGGUAAUAAAAAGAAAACAAAAACAGAGGGCCAAAGCCUUUAUUAAAAUUGUUAUAAAACAUGACUGCAGUACAUGGACACUGCAGAGGGCAACAUCAGAAUUGACAUGGGAUCACAAGAUAAUCAUUUGUAUUUAGAAUACAAGCAUCUUUUAUUAAAGGGGUAUGGUGUGGGCUGUGGUAUGGUAUUUGGGCCACUUUGCUGUGACAGACCUGAUUCUAAGUAUGAUAUUAGUAAAUAUUAGGUUGUUGUUUUAAAAAAAAAACAUUUUUAGAGAUGUUACAUCUCAUCUGAAACAGCGCUGCUCAUAUAGACAGUGGCAAAAACCAUUUCAUUGGUCUGUACCAUGAAUAAAAGCAUGUGUCAUUUAAUAAUAUUAUCACUGUAAAGGUCUAAAUUUGACAAUGAGAAGAUGUACUUCACUUGAUUGUGCGUUGCUUACUUGGAGGACUGUAAUAAAUGUGUGACUGUAAUAAAUCUCAUAAUCAAUGAAGAAAAGAG